AUGUGCAUCGCUGAUGGUGCGCAACAUGCCGAGAAGCAGCCGGAAGCCCGAGCGCUCAGCGAUAUUGCGGAGAUGAUGCUGUCUGGUAAGUUGAAUAUGGUUCAGGCGAUGGCGCGCCUGACAAGUGUGGUAGAGCGCAUGUUCCCUGAUGUAUGGACUCCCCACAAGGUAGCAGUGCGUAAGGGUGUUCCAAAACCCCAGAAGGCACGAAGGAGAGUGAUAUAUGCCCGGCCGCGAAGCCUGUUCAAACGUAAGCAGAAGGAGGCGGCAGUGUGCUCGCGAUGGACAGUGAAAGGAACUCUGGAAAUUUGCCGAGGUCAAGCUCAAAGAUACGAUGGAAUAUUGGAAAGGAGUCUUGGGAGCUGA